ACAAGACAAGAUACAAUGAUAUGUAUAUAUCUUGAUCCAACACACACAAACAAAAUGGAGAACGGCAUACAAUUGUUGCCGCAAACAUCAUUAAUUAUCAACGAUUACUUAACACUCAGUUCACCACCCACAUAUUCACGUUUACCACCGGACGGACAUGAAUUCCCGCCAAAUUUCAGUGAACCACUAAUAAUGCCUACACCCAAUUUACUAAAGGCUGCCAGCCUAAUGCAAUCCACCACAACUACCAUGACAACAGCGAACAGGCAUGGCAGCAAUGCACACACAAACACAGUUUACACUGAAAAAUUAUAUGCAGCAGCCACUGCUGGCCAGACCACGGUUGCCAGCACACGCACCACACAUAUAGCCAGUUCCACAGCAAACGGAUUAACAACGUCAAAGGUCAGCGUUGAGAUGGAACAGCAAAAAUCACCACAAAUUUCUAAUACAGCAGUUGAUGCAGUACCACCACCGCUACCUAAAUCGGUGCCACCACCAACAGUACCACGUAAAGUAUAUCGACAAGAUUUGGUCGUCAAAGUAGAAGAUGCACGUACCGAUUUGUUGCAACCUAAAGUCGCACCUACAACUCCUGCACCAACCACAGCUAGCCCUGCCAAGUUAAUCUAUGAGUCACGUCAUAGCCGUUCCACACAAAAUCUCACGGCAGCCAGUACACCUACAAGCAAAGCAGAUACUGUAGCAGCUUUUGGUGCCAACGUUGACUAUAAACGUUCCUUAAGUGCACCACGCAAACAUAGCGAUUGGCGCAAGGAUGAAAAAUCAGAGAAAAGUGUACGCGAUAAAAUUGCUAUGUUUUCAAACGAAGACGUUUCACUUCCCGACACACCAUCGAAACCAUUGACAUAUUCGCGCACAAACAGCAGCUCAGGAAAAUCAUUAAAUUUAAGCACAGAAAAUUUACUGGACUCGACGUCCAGCACACGUUACAAUGUAGGUUCAAAUUUGACUAAGGCACGCGCUAUGAGUGUAGAGAAUUUAAAUGAUGCAGCACGCCAAUACCAGCUAGCAAAACAGUUACCUACACAAACUUAUUCCGAUUCAAUGUACUCAUUGAACACACUCAAUACAGAUUACACACAAAGUUACGCUUCAUUGCCACGACGCCACCCAGCGGUACAUCACUUAGAACGACGCACCAGUUUUUCCGGUCAACCAGCUUAUGUACCGGAUGAAGCGUCACGCAAGGCAGCUAUAACAAAUAUAUUAGAGCAAAGACGUCGUAGUUUAUCAAAAUUGCGUGGUCUAGUGAUACCCGAACGUCCACACAUACCAAUGUCCACAUUGGAACCCAUUUUGGAUUUGCCAGAGAUCAAAAGUCGUGAUAGUGAGAAAAUAAAAUCGGGCAACACAUCAUCUACAGAUUCAACAGACAGUGGUUUAAGUUCCGGUAGUACUUCAACGCAUGCACCCAGACCAGCCAAACGCACAGAAUUUACGCACAAUUCGAACCUUAACAACUCGUUACGCCCACUUAGCGUGUCAACCACUGGUAACGCAAUGCAUGUGCCUACAAACAAUCCAUACCGCAGCAUUUUCGCACAAAACUCAGCCAAUCGGCAUAGUACCAGUCAAACUCCAGUCGUUGCACAGCGUAAGAUAGAACCAGCUUAUGCCGGUGUACCUCCUGCAAAGCCACCACGUACUUCAUUGAAUGUACCUUCUCGUCAUCUGCACGAAGAAAGUGAUUCUGACUCUGUAUUUUCUUCCAAGAUCUCUUCACCUCCAAUGUCACCAAGCGUACCAGUAGUGCCCGAGAAAUUCGCGCUCACCCGUACACUAUCAUCCGAAACAAAUACCUCUAUUGCUAGCUCCACAACAUCGACACUCACAUCUGGCUCCGGUUCACAAGCAAGCUGCAGCUCUAUUGGUAGCACUCCUACUGUAGACUUAUCCAGGCGCGUACUUAAAUCAGGUUCAAAUGAAUCAGCCGCCAAUCGCAAAAACAUCUUAGCCUCUGCUAAAUGUCGUAACGGACGCGGUGAUUCUUCGGCUUUAAUGCGCAAUCGUCCCUAUGACGACGAAGACAGUACUGAUUGCAACGAUGAAGAUGAAAUACGUCGUGUGCACAAAUCCAAACCACGUUCCUCUUCAGGUGGCUCCUUAGUUAUGCAGCCAAACAAAAUUAUCUGCACAACAGCGCCCAUCAGUUAUAAAGUCGCUUCGAAACAAGAUGAAAGCAUUGUCGAUAAGGUCAUUAAUGUUGCCGCCUAUGUAGAAGUGACAUCCGAUACUGACGACAGUAGUCGUAAGUCGGAUGCUGCUACUUCACCAACUAAAGUCAGUGCCAUGUUUAUCGAUGAAGAACGAAAGGCGAGUUUCAAAGCCGAUCCAUCACAAAAAGCUUCGUCUCCAAAAGCUGUAAUGCCAGCAAAAAUUGUUUCUACUGUGAGUUCCGUACCCGUGCAACCAAUCAGUCCACAAAAAGCAAUGGAGGCCACUUCUCCAAUAUCCAAAAAAUGCAAUAAUGACACAAAUGAGCUAUCGCAAUGGAUGCGUGUAGAAGUUGCGAAAACCGUCACAAAAACACCAGAACGCACACUUAAGCCGGUAUUCGAAAAACUAGAAUCAACAAAUACAAAAAUCUACAGCAGUUACAGCUCAAGAAGCGGAAGUAAUACUAGCAAAAUAACAACUGCCGAAAUACGUGAAAAAUUUGAAAGAAGCGCUGCUGCCUCAGGUACGACAAUAUCGCCGACCGUUUCAACAAAUAGUUUGCUAAGCACAAAAAUUCACACCAGAACUAAUUAUCACGAACGCUUCUCGUCAUUGGAUUCAGUGACUUCGUCAUCGUCUGGUGUUAGUUCUAGUACACAAAAUAUUUCCGCUCAAGACAACAACAACGAGUUUGGCAGCUUUUCAUCGCUUGGCAGCAAUCAGAGCUUGAUCACUGCACAAGAUAUACAACUUAUUGUGGAAGAAGCUGAUCCACCAUUAAAAACACCCGAAGCCUUUAUUAUUGUAUUACAACGAGACACACCCGAAAGCAGCAUUGGCGUUACAUUGGCCGGUGGUUCAGAUUAUGAAGCUAAAGAAAUCACGAUACAUAAAAUUCUAACGAACACACCAGCAGCUAAAGACGGACGUCUUAAGAAAGGAGAUCGCAUUUUGGCUGUCAAUGGUAUGAGCAUGAGAGGAUUAACGCAUCGUGAGUCUAUAACUGUUUUGAAGACACCACGUCCAGAGGUUGUCUUAGUUGUGACUCGUUCCGAAUCAGUUGUUGUAAAAACAAUGAAUAAGAAACGCUCAUCGCUCGGCUCACUGUCCUCACUUAACGAGAAACCCGCCGAGGUGGAUUAUGAGAAGAAAAGAAACUAUCAUAAAGCAUCACGAUCAUUGGAUCUUGAUUUAGAUAUAGUAUCCGCUGAGGAUGAUGUCGCACAAACAAAAACACCUUCAACUCCAAGUACAGCCUCAAGCAGUCCACAGCCACCUUCAUUGGCUGCAACUAUUAACGAUGCCACGACAAUAGCGAGCAUACGUGCUAGACGUCAGCUUUCACGUGGUGAUGCCAGCAAACUGAGCACUAGUGAACUAUUAGAAAGAGCCGCAGAAACAAGAAAUGCCUUAGCAGCAGAAAUCAGAGCUCAAGAAGACGGUCCUGCUGGUUCCAAAACAAUAGAAAUUGUUAAGGAUAGCUGUGGUCUUGGUUUCUCAAUUGAAGGUGGCUUCGACUCUCCAAUUGGUAAUAGACCAUUAAUUGUGAAGAAAGUUUUUAUGGGUGGUGCUGCACAAAAAACUGGUCAAGUUAGAAAUGGCGAUGAAAUCCUUUUUAUUAAUGGCGUGCCCACAGCUAAAAUGACACGCGUUGAUGCCUGGAACUACAUGAAACAACUGCCGUUGGGUCCAGUUCGGAUUGUAUUUGCCUAAAAGAAUAAACUAAAAUUAUUAAAAAAA